CUUUUUUAACCAAAAAAGAAGGUUUUCUUUGCCCUGAAUGCGUGACUAGCUUUCUCUCAGUUGCCGGAUUACGCCGUCAUAUAGAAGUAGAACACUCCCGGAAAACCGACACAAUAGAUUUAUUUCAUAAAGCAUUAAAAACUUCGUUACCGCCAUUAAAUGAAACUAUGGUUACUCGAGCUCACUGGGUUUACAAUAAGUUUAAUUGCAUGGAGCCAACCUGUCAAAUCCGUUUUUCUCUGCUUAACAAAAAGCAUCACUGUCGAAGAUGUGGUGGAAUCUUCUGCGAAGAACACUGUCGUUGGAAAAUAAAACUGGAUGCGCGUGCAAUUCCCGAUCAAGAAUUUGGAGUUUCUUGCCGCGUUUGUAAAUCCUGUUUCAUAACUGGGCAGCCUCUUAAUAGUAUAGGCGCUAUUAGAGAUAAGACAAAUAUAUAUAGUAAACUCCGCAAAAGUUUUUUAACAUCUUCAGAACUCGAAGCUAAUAAAUUACUAGGCAGAUUGGAAAGGCUGUUCCAAGCAUAUGAAAAUGAAGAAUAUAAGAGUAUAUCAACUAUUCUUCAAUUCAGAAGAACGCCCAUCGAAAAACAAGUUAUCCCCUGGGAAGACGACUCCAACAUUACUCGGUGCUCUCUUUGCGGAGCUUCGUUCACUAUAUUGCUUAGAAAGCAUCACUGCCGACUUUGUGGGCUAACGAGAUGCUAUUAUUGUUGCAAUACUGUCCUACGCUAUUCUGAUCUUCUUGUUCUUAAAGAACCAAUAGGCUUCAAGAAAAAUAGUACACUGUCGCUCAGAACACUAAGCGAUGACCAGGGUGCCCACCCCCCACGUUCUAGGAGCCCAACGAUCUCUCUAAGCUCCCUUGAUCUCGCAAAGUUGUACAAACAUUCCAAGUUGCUCACGUGCCUUGAGUGUGCACGAGCCCUUAAAUUUCGCAGUCGCCAGCGAGCUCAUAAUGAGCACGUGCAACCCGCUAUUGUAAAAGCGCAUCAGAAGUGGGAACGUCUAAAAAGAGAUUGCGAUAAACUAAUUGCUCAGGCUGAGCUUAUAACUUGCAAAAAAUGCUCUUCUGCGGAAGACUUUGCUUUGGGAAAAAAAAUAAAAACCAGAAUCACUGCCUACAUCGAAGCACUACACGACAUUAGGCAUAAAGCCUUACUAAGAAUCUCACAACUGUCGCAAUUGGGCCCCAAAAGAACUUUAGCUCUUCCGAUAAAAGAGCUUGCAAGGACUUGUUAGGUGAUGAAGAAAUCGUCCAACUUAACAUUACGAGGGCUAUUCAAAUUUAUAUAAAUGCUUGCCUCUCUACUUUGCAGCGUCUUCCUACUAAAGAACCUCUUAAUAAAAAACCUGUUUCUUCCGGAUUAUCUAAUCAGCAAUCAAGGGGAAGCCCCAGUUCUGUAGACUCCGACGUUUUUAUAGAACAUAGAAGUCAACUACUAGAAUUUAUUGAACAGGCAAAAAGUGCGGGCAAAGAUGACGAAGUGGCGGCGCUUAAAAGCUCUUUAGAAGAAUUAAACUUAGAGCUGAAAAAACUAGGCUUUGAUAAAUAGAGCCUUUAACUUCGUACCUUUUUUACGCCCUGAUAACCUUAUAAUUGAAGAAAGCAACUUUUAUGAGGGAAAACAGCAAGGGAUUCUUUUUUCUUU